CAUAGUCUCCCAACCACCCGUCUUUCUCUCUCUCUCAGAGACUCUCACACACACAAACAGAGACGCACGCUGCAAUGGCUCUCUUCACUUCCAUCUCCACCACACCACUCUCCAUCUCCGCCCCGAUUCACCACCGCCCGUUAUACGAUCGGCUGCGCUUUUCAUGUCCAUGUGCUGCUUUGAGCUCCUCCUCACCAUCGUCCCAUGAGCCAAGACCACCACUACCGACACCACCAAGUGACACCAAACUUCCAUCCGCUACUUCUUCAUCAAAGCCCUUUGUGGUUGAGCCCUCUAGACCGCCUGACUCGGGCCUCAACUACGCAUUCGCUAACCCGAAAGGCAACCCAUUUGCCGGGUUCCUUCGAUCCACUGAGUCGUCCAUUGAGAGGGCAAUUUUUGACUUCCGCUUCUUGGCACUUUUGGCUGUUGGAGGCUCGUUGGCUGGUUCUCUGCUGUGCUUUCUCAAUGGAUGUGUUUAUAUUGGAGAGGCAUAUAAAAUUUACUGGUCAAGCUGUGUCAAAGGGAUUCACACGGGACAGAUGGUUCUGCGACUAGUUGAAGCUAUUGAUGUUUAUCUUGCUGGAACUGUCAUGUUAAUAUUCGGCAUGGGCUUAUAUGGAUUAUUUAUCAGUAAUGUGUCCCCUGAUGUGCCUUCCUCUAUUGAUCGUGCCCUCAAGGGAUCUUCUUUGUUCGGAAUGUUUGCUCUCAAGGAGAGGCCUAAAUGGAUGAAAAUUAGCUCACUUGAUGAAUUAAAGACAAAAGUGGGACACGUUAUCGUCAUGAUUCUUUUAGUUAAGAUGUUUGAGAGAAGCAAGAUGGUAAAAAUCACCACUGGUGUGGAUCUACUAAGUUAUUCUGUAUGCAUCUUCUUAUCAUCUGCCUCUUUGUACAUCCUUCAUAAUCUGCACAGAGCAGAUUAGAGAUGUCAGAUGUAUCAUAGCAAAUUGUGUAAUAUUUGUUCUCACAUUGAAGUGAAUGUGUAUGUUCAAAAGGAUCUUGUGGAGUGUUUGGAAAAUCGUUAAGAUAACUAUAAAUAACUUUUCAGAGCAUGCUUGA